AUGCGGAGAAGGAAAGGGGAGAAGCUGGAUGAGAUCCUGGCGGCGGCGGCGGAGCCGGGGCUGAGGGCGGAGCUGCUGGAGGCGGAUUCCAGAGCGGCCACGGUGAAACAGCGCCCGACGAGCCGCCGGAUCACGCCGGCGGAGAUCAGUUCCCUGUUUGAGCGGCAGGGAAUGGCGCAUUCCGGCGUCCUGGCGGGAACGGAGAAGCCCCACGUGUCCCUCCGGAAGGGAAUUCCACGGACCAAGUCUGUAGGGGAAGACGAGAAGCUGGCCGCCUCCUUGCUGGACGGGAAGUUCCCGCGGAGCACCUCCAUGACGGACACGGUCCGGGAAGGCCACGGGAUCCCCCCACCCCCUCAGACCGCCCCUCCGCCGCCCCCUUCCCCUUAUUACUUCGACACCGGCCCCCCUCCGUCCUUCUCUCCUCCGCCGCCUCCGGGCCGGGCUUACGACACCAUCCGCUCCAGCUUCAAGCCGGGCUUGGAAGCCAAACUCCACGGGCUGCCGCAGGUGCUGAGCGCGGCCGAGAUGUACGACCAGGCGCGGGCGGGCUCGGCGCCUUACCCGGAGCGGCAGAAGAGGGCCCGCUCCAUGAUCAUCCUGCAGGAUUCCUCCCACCUCCCCGUGGAGCCCACCGAGAUCCCGCGUCCCGGCCCGGCGGCGACGCCGCCGGAGAAGCUGAAGAGGAAAGGCCGGGUCAUCGACAACCCUUACGCCAACAUGGGCCAGUUCAACGUCAGCCUCUUCGCGCCCGCCAAGCCGCAGAGGAAGAAGAGCCCGCUGGUCAAGCAGCUCCAGGUGGAGGACGCCCAGGAGCGGGCGGCCUUGGCCAUCACCGGCGGCUACUCCUCCCGGGAGCCGUCCCCCACGCGCCGGAGCCACCGCCUGGAAUACCAGCACCACGCCGCCGGCAUCGCUCAGGUGGAAGCCGCCGGCCUCCCCUUCGCCACCGCCAUCGCCGCCGGCGUCAUGAAGGACCGGGACCGGCGGCUGGACGAGAGGAGGAAAUCCACGGUGUUCCUGUCGGUGGGAGCCAUCGAGGGGCCGGCGCCGGGCGGAGGCGGCGGCGGAGGCGGCGGCGAGAUGCCGUCGCUGCAGCAGUCGCGCUCCAUCGACGAGCGGCUCCUGGGCAGCCGGGACGUCCUCCUGCCGUCGCCCGUGUCGGCUUUGAAGCCAUUGAUCGGCAGCUCCUCCUCCACCUUCAUCCACCCCCUGACGGGAAAGCCCCUGGAUCCCAACUCGCCCCUGGCGCUGGCGCUGGCCGCAAGGGAACGGGCGCUGUCCACUCAAGUCCCAUCCCGGUCGCCCACCCCGAUCCACAGCCCCGACUCGGACAGAGCCGCGCCGCUCUUUGUGGACAUCCAAACCAAAGAACCGGACAGGGGGGACUUGGAGAGCUUGGUGUCCUCCCCCGCCUACUCCCCGGGAGGGAAGGCGGCGAUGGCGGCCGACGCCGGCGCUCUGACCCCCACCAAGAGCCCCUGGGCGACUCCGGCCGCGCUGCGGAAGGAGCCCGAGGUGCGAGCGGAGCCGCCGGGCAAGGAGGAGAAGAAGCCCGAGGACAAGAAGUCCAUGAUCAUCAGCAUCGUGGACACGUCGCAGCAGAAGACGGCCGGCCUCAUCAUGGUCCACGCCACCAGUAACGGCCAAGACGAGAUGGGCCUGGAGAUCAAAGAGGAGAGCGCGGCCGCGCCCGAGGUCUGCGCCGAGCCGGCCGAGCCCCCCGAGGCCGAGCCCCAGCCGGGCCCCGCGGGGAAGCCGCCGGCCAGCCCGGCCUCGGAGAAGGCGCUGGGCCAGGGCAGCUCGGAGGAGGAGGUGGAGCCCUACACGGUGACCCUCCCGCCCGCCCAGCUGUCCUCCAGCGACGAGGAGACCCGCGAGGAGCUGGCCAAGAUCGGGCUGGUGCCGCCCCCGGAUGAGUUCGCCAACGGGGUGCUGGUGACGGCCCCCGGCACCCCCGUCGGCCACCUGGCCGCGCCCGGCGCGCCGUCCCUGCCACCAUCGGCAUCGGCGGCGGCAGUAGCACCUUCUCCCCCCGGCGCGACACCCUCAGGGAAGCCCUCGGAAGCCCCCGCGGCCCCGGAGUCGGCGGCGGACUCGGGAGUGGAAGAGGUGGACACCAGGAGCUCCAGCGACCACCACCUGGAGACCACGAGCACCAUCUCCACGGUCUCCAGCAUGUCCACGCUGUCCUCGGAGAGCGGCGAGCCCACCGACACCUACACGUCCUUCGCCGACGGCCAAACUUUUCUACUCGAGAAGCCACCAGUGCCUCCAAAGCCCAAACUCAAGUCCCAGCUCAGCAAGGGGCCGGUUACUUUCAGGGACCCACUUUUGAAGCAGUCUUCGGACAGCGAGCUCAUCUCCCAGCACCACGCGGCCACGCUGGCGGCCACCAGCGCGGCCCGGCCACGCUACCUCUUUCAGAGAAGGUCCAAGCUAUGGGGGGACCCCAUGGAGAGCAGGCCCGGCCACGGGGCCGAAGAGGACAAACCGACUGUGAUCAGCGAGCUGAGCUCCCGCCUCCAGCAGCUCAACAAGGACACGCGCUCCUUGGGCGAGGAACCGGCCGGCUCCGCCCUGGAUCCCGGCAAGAAGUCGCCGGUGGUGGCCGCACGCCGGGCGUCCACGGAAGGACCUUUGAGCCGAGGGGCUGGGAAAGAUCCCGAGGAAUUCUGACAGUGGGAACGUCAGGUGACAGUUCAGGACACUGGCGGUGACGAUCCCGGGAUGAGGGACCGGGGACACCCCGGGAGCAAGGGGACAACUUCCCUUCAUCCGUGGCGGCCCUCGGUGGCCGCGUCCGAGAGCGGCUUCCUCGCGCUUAACCCCGAAACCCUGGAAUCGCUGAGGUUGGAAAAUUCCCCCCCGUCGAGUCCAACCAUUCCCAGCGCUGCGUCCCCGAGCUUUCCAUCCCGCCGGGAAUGGGGGUCCCACCCCUUCCCUGGGCAUUCCCUGCUUCGUCAGCUUUCCGGGAAGGAAUUUUUUAUUUUUUAUUUUUCCCCCUCAAAAUCCCGACUUCGCCUCGAGGCGACUCCCUUUUGUUCCCUGGGGAGCGGAGCCAGCCCCCCCCGCCUUGCCCCGGCUGGAAUUCCUGUUCCGGGAUUCCUGGAGCGCGGUGGGAAGGGGAUCCUGGAGAACCCCGGGGUCCUGGGAAGACCCCCUCGCUGAGGCUCGGGAUGUGCCCGGGAGCGUUCCGCGUGUGACGUCCGCGUCCCCAAUAAAGCUGGCGGUGACCCUGA